UUACCUCGCCAUGGUAGCCUCUUAAACCAUUUCUUUUUCACACCUCUCUACCUUGUAUAAAACUUUAGACCGACAAGGUUCACAACUUAGCUAAACAAAGAAGAAGUCGUCAAGAUUUCCAAACGUCCACUGAUAUGACACGCAAUGAACCAAAACAGGCCUGGUUGUCAUCAUCGAGUAUAGAAAGAAUCAUGGCCAAAGAAGGACCACAGGAAGCUUCCAUCAUACAUUCGACUUCAUCAUUCCCCCAACCCAUUUGUCAUCACAAUCCAAGUACUUCCUCUUCUUAUCCUGUGUCUACUUCCGAUGACCAUUCCGAGAUGUCAUCAGAAAGCACAUCAGUUGCUAUGGUAUCCACGCUACCUAACGCGACUUCACUGGACCGAGCCAGCAAUUGCCCAAAUGCGUUAGUGGUAUCCUUGGAUGGGCCCUUGAGAGGACAAGAAAAGGGUAGCCAACACGACAACAACAAAAGUAAAAACACUGGCAAUGGCUACAACGUCGAAAGCAACCAUGAUAACAACAACAAGUUUAUGAACUUUCAAAAUCAUAGUAGCGCUGGUAGCGCCAACAUCAACAGCAAUAGCGGCGGCAGUAUCCGCACUGAUGCCGAACAGGCGGUGGAUUGUAGUCACCGAUGCUCAGAGUCAUCUUCCAGCGGAUAUCUAGAUCCGUUUCUGCUCACGGCCCUGAAUAACCGCCAUGACCGGCUUUUUCUGUUAAAGUUAGACCGUGACUUUUGCAACUUUAUUCAAGAUCCAAAUCAAACCCAGUUAGAGUUCCCUUGGCUGAACUCUUAUUAUCGAAUGAUCAUCCAUCGAUCUGCUAUUUACUUUCAACUGGCCCGGAAAGUUGAUCCAUUGCAUAAACGAAUCACAUUGUCCAAGACAAAGCAUUCCGCCAUUCCACCGCUACGAUUUCACGACUUGGUGGAACACGAUGAUGAUGAUGAUGAAGAAACUGAAAGCCAAGAAAGGGAUAAUAAAGAAGAGCACAUUGAUGAUAAAGGUGACAGCACAAUGGAACAACAAGGCCAAGUUCGAUCAAUGGCGAAUAUACAGCCCACCAAAGUCCUCAAAAGAUGUCCACCAAGGGCAGCGAGUGCUUGUGAAGCCAGAUGCAGCAGCGACAUAUCGGCUGGCCUACGACGCGAAGCCACUCUAUUAUCUUCACGGACUCUUUCCAUGGAAGAGCGAGAAAAAGCCUAUGCAGAGGCUAGGGCCCGUAUCUUCGAUGACGACAGACCGAAGCAACCAGCAGACUCAGUGGAAGCCUCUACAGGACUAUCCGCUUCAUCUUUGGGUUUAAAUGAACGAUGUCCGCAACGGAAUGCAGAGUUAGUUACUAAUGCAGCUAGUCGACCGUCACGAUCCGAUGUGGCUACCGCACAAACAUCACAACAACUACAACUACAACUAAAGCAACAGCAACAGCAACAGCAACAGCAACACAACAACAACAACAACAACAACAACAACAACAACAACAACAACAACAACAACAACAACAACAACAACAACAACAACAGCAGCAGCAGCAGCAGCAGGAAGAGCAUGGGCAGCCAUUGAAGUCUAAGCCUUCGCCAGGUCAUCUCAAUCAAUUAUCAGUACAAACACGAGUCCUAAAAGUGUUGGAGCCUGCAGUGUCAGAACAAAGAGGAUCUUUGAUAUCG